CCCUCUCUUCUACUCAGCGCCAUUCUUUCGUUGCUGCUCAAAAAGUUGCCUCUUGAAGAAGAAGAAGAAGAAGAAGAAGAAGUGCAUUCAGCCAGCGUCACCUUCAAUUUCGAAGAAUUCAAUACUUUUCUCUCCAAAUCUCUCCUUUGAUAGUUUGAAUAAAUAGACAUGUCUGAGACUGAGAUAAAUCCAACCUUCAGCAAGUCAACUGGAUUGCCUCGAAAGCGCUUCUAUCGUGCACGAGCACACAGCAAUCCACUUAGUGACUCACACUUUCCUGUGCCAAUAUCUCCCAGGCACGUGGACUAUUCCCUCCAUUACCCUCAGCUCUUUCCCUCGUCUGAUAGAGCUGACAGUUCCAGAAAGGUCCAGUUUGCUGAUAUUGGCUGUGGUUUUGGCGGGCUUCUUAUCAGUCUUGCCACCCUGUUCCCAGAAACACUGAUGAUUGGAAUGGAACUUAGAGAUAAAGUGUCUGAGUAUGUCAAGGAAAGAAUUUUAUCUUUAAGGGUGGCAAAUCCAGGUCAAUACCAAAAUGUUUCUGUGGUACGGACUAACUCCAUGAAGUACAUUCCCAAUUACUUUGAGAAAGGACAACUGUCAAAGAUGUUUUUCUUGUUUCCUGAUCCUCAUUUUAAAGAGAAAAAUCACCGCCGUCGGGUUAUCAGUCCGUUCUUGCUAGAUGAAUAUGCUUAUACUCUUGAGGUUGGUGGAAUUAUAUACACAAUAACGGAUGUAGAAGAACUUGGGGACUGGAUGAAGUCUUGCCUAGAGAAUCAUCCCAUGUUUGAACCCCUGACUGAGAAAGAACUUGAAGCAGAUCCAGUUGUGAUGCUUUUAAGCUCUGCAACCGAAGAAGGCCAAAAGGUUGCUAGAAAUGGUGGACAAACUUUCCAGGCUGUUUUCAGGCGAAUUGUGCCAUCCGAUCAGUCAUCCUAGACUUCACCUUCUUAAUCUUAAGUGCUGCAAAUCAAAAGAAGGUGAUUGCUACUUGCUAGGCAUUGGAUUGUUCUUGCCAAUUUAUUAGAGGACAGUUAGCUUCUCAAGAAUGAUAUAGUUUUAGUCAUCUUUUAUUUGCUUAUUUGUGUUUAUUUUCAUGUUUAGCUGAACCAAUUAGAUGUUGAAAUCCAUCAUGGAGAGUGUAGUUCAUGAUUCAAUCAGUUAUUUGUCACUAUUAACAACCAUGGUUAGAUUCAAACCAUCAUGAUUCAUGUUGGCUUUGCAUUGUUCUCUUCAAUUUAUUAGCGGACAGUAAACUUCUCAAGAAUGAUAUGGUUUUAGUCA